AAAAAUGUUUUAUUUGUUUUUCUUUAUUGCGCGUGAGUAUUUAUUAAAAAUAUAUUAUACUUUAAAAGUGUUUUAUACGGGUAAAAAUGUGCCAGAAGAACCUGUACUAGAAAUUUCAGAGAGUACAGAUUGCAAUAAUUCUGAAGAAGCUGUUAUAAUUGAUGAUAAGAUGAGUUCCGAAACUAGUGGUGGUGUGAAUUUUAUUGUCGGUGACGAGGAUGGUGUCGAUCAAGCGCCUACUGAACUCGUCAAUGGAGAUUUAAUGAAAGCUUUAGAAGAAGAGAAACACGAAAAUACUGAUUCUUUCCCUUUAGAUAAAGAAACACGUAUGGGUGUAACAUCUAAUAGCAGCUCUUAUAACAACAUGUUUGGCUUAACGGAAAAGAGGAAACGAUUAAGGCCUAGUAUGUCACAAGGUAAUGUGAUCCAUCAACGACUUACUGAAAAAGACUUCAAUGUUAGUACUCCUGAAGAAUUUGUGAAACGUUUUAAGGGAACUCGCGUUAUAAACAAGGUUUUAAUUGCUAACAAUGGUAUUGCUGCAGUAAAAUGUAUGAGAUCAGUUCGUCGAUGGUCUUAUGARAUGUUUAGGAAUGAAAGAGCUGUACGAUUUGUAGUUAUGGUUACACCAGAAGAUCUUAAAGCAAAUGCUGAGUAUAUUAAAAUGGCUGAUCAUUAUGUGCCAGUACCUGGAGGUACAAAUAACAACAAUUAUGCCAAUGUUGAACUUAUUGUAAAUAUAGCUAUACGUUCCCAAGUUCAGGCUGUAUGGGCUGGUUGGGGACAUGCUUCUGAAAAUCCAGAGCUACCUAAACUGUUGGAAAAAAAUAAAAUUGCUUUUAUUGGACCACCUGAAAAAGCUAUGUUUGCUCUUGGUGAUAAAAUUGCUUCGAGCAUUGUUGCACAAACUGCUGAAAUUCCAACUUUGCCCUGGUCUGGUUCAGGUGUAAUUGGACAUUAUUCUGGUAAAAAAAUUGAAAUUGGACCAGAUUUGUAUAAAAAAGGCUGUGUUGCAUCGAUUGAAGAAGGUUUAGUAUCUGCUGAAAAGGUUGGGUAUCCAAUUAUGAUUAAAGCUAGUGAAGGCGGUGGUGGUAAAGGUAUAAGGAAAGUAGAAAACACUGAAGAAUUCCCAAAUGCAUUUAAACAGGUUCAAUCUGAAGUUCCUGGAUCACCAAUAUUUAUAAUGAAGUUGGCUAAAUGCGCUAGGCAUUUAGAAGUACAACUUUUAGCUGAUCAAUAUGGUAAUGCUAUAUCAUUGUUUGGACGUGAUUGUUCAAUUCAAAGAAGACAUCAAAAAAUUAUCGAAGAGGCGCCUGCAGUGAUUGCUGAACCUAGUGUUUUUGAAGAAAUGGAGAAAGCUGCAGUUCGAAUUGCUAAAAUGGUGGGUUAUGUUAGUGCUGGUACAGUUGAGUAUUUAUACGAUACAGAUGGAAAUUAUUACUUUUUGGAGUUAAAUCCUAGACUGCAAGUAGAACAUCCUUGUACAGAAAUGGUAUCAGAUGUGAAUUUACCAGCUGCACAACUGCAAAUUUCAAUGGGAUUAGCUCUUAACUGUAUUAAAGACAUCCGACUACUCUAUAGCGAAUCUGCUUGGGGAGAUAGUUAUAUCGAUUUCGAUGCUCCAAGACAUAAACCUCAUCCAUGGGGUCAUGUUAUUGCUGCUCGAAUCACUAGUGAAAACCCUGAUGAAGUUUUCAGUGGUCAGGUAUUGAGUGCCAGUACACUAGAUCAUCAUGUGUCUGUUGAACUGAUAAAUGGUGGAUACAAAUACAAAGUUCAAGUCACCAAAUCCGGACUCAAUUCAUACUUCCUCAUUAUGAAUGGUUCAUUUAAGGAAAUUGAGGUCCAUCGUCUAUCUGAUGGUGGAAUUUUGUUAUCUUUGGAUGGAUCGAGUUUUACUACAUAUAUGCGAGAAGAAGUAGAUCGGUAUAGAAUUGUAAUUGGUAAUCAAACAUGUGUAUUUGAAAAAGAAAAUGAUCCAUCCUUAUUACGCUCACCGUCUGCUGGUAAAUUGAUCAGUUUUCUUAUAGAGGACGKGGGUCAAGUUAAAAAAGGUCAACCAUAUGCUGAAAUAGAGGUAAUGAAAAUGGUGAUGACAUUAACAGCUACAGAGAAUGGACGUGUAUAUUAUAGCAAACGACCAGGUGCAGUUCUUGAUGCUGGUUCAUUAAUUGCAACACUUGAAUUAGAUGACCCAUCCUUGGUUACAAAAGCUGUUGAAUAUAAAGGACAGUUCCUUGAACUCGAUGGAACUUCACAUAUUUAUGGAGAAAGUCUAAAUAAUAUACACACAUGCUACAGAGGUAUGCUAGAUAAUAUUUUGGCUGGGUAUUGCUUACCAGAGCCAUAUCAUCUUGUACGUUUGAGAGAAGUAAUUGAAAAGUUCAUGAACUCUUUACGUGACCCAAGUUUGCCUUUAUUGGAGCUACAGGAAGUGAUAUCAUCAAUAUCUGGCAGAAUACCAAAAGCUGUUGAUAAAAAAAUUAAAUCAUUAAUGAAGUUAUAUGAAAGGAACAUAACAUCUGUACUUGCACAAUUUCCUAGCCAACAAAUAGCUGCAAUUAUUGAUGGCCAUGCUGCAACAUUACAAAAAAGAACAGAUCGCGAUAGCUUUUUCCAAACAACACAAGGCAUUGUUCAACUUGUCCAGAGRUAUAGGAAUGGAAUUCGUGGUCGAAUGAAGUCUGCUGUUCAUGAGUUGCUGAAACAAUAUUAUGAGGUGGAAAGUCAAUUCCAACAUGGAAGUUAUGAUAAAUGUGCUGCUGCAUUAAGGGAUAGAUACAAAGAUGAUAUGGCUGCUGUAACUUCAACAAUAUUCUCACACACACAAGUAGCAAAGAAGAAUAUGUUAGUUACAAUGUUAAUUGAUCAUUUAUGGUCCAACGAACCUGGUUUAACAGAUGAGUUGGCAGCUACAUUAAAUGAGUUGACUUCACUUAAUCGCAGUGAACAUUCWAGAGUUGCACUUCGUGCACGACAAGUACUCAUUGCUGCACACCAACCAGCUUAUGAAUUAAGACAUAACCAAAUGGAAUCAAUAUUUUUAUCUGCUGUUGAUAUGUAUGGACAUGAUUUUCAUCCCGAAAACUUACAAAAACUUAUUCAAUCCGAAACUUCUAUAUUUGAUAUCCUUCAUGACUUCUUUUAUCAUUCAAACCGUGCAGUCUGCAAUGCCGCAUUAGAGGUUUAUGUAAGACGUGUUUACAUAUCAUAUGAUCUAACAUGUUUGCAACAUUUGGAAUUGUCUGGAGAAAUACCAUUAGUACAUUUCCAAUUUCUUUUGCCUUCUUCUCAUCCAAAUCGACAACAAAAUAAGAUCAAUUCUGGAGCAAAUGGUUCUGAAAAUCUUGAAUCACCAACCAAAACUCCAUUAUCAUAUAUCCCAACUUAUCAAAGAACUGGUUGUAUGGCAGCAUUUGAAUCAUUUACUCAAUUUGAACAAUAUUUUGAUGAAAUCCUGGAUAUUAUGGAAGAUCUAUCUUCYCCUGUAUAUGUUUCCCCUAGAAUUAUUGAUGCCCUUGAAAGUGGAAGUGAAUCUAGAUUAAGCUCAUCUCUCAAUGUAAGCUUGUCUCUUGGUGAUCAACGGCCCCCAGACCAAGAAAAUGUUGAGAUUGAGCCAUGUCAUAUAUUAUGUAUUGCUAUGAAAGACACUGGAAAUAUGGAAGAUGAUAAACUUGGUAAGAUGUAUGAAGAAUUUUGUCAACAACGCAAAGAGGAGUUGAAAAAAAGAUCAAUCCGGAGAAUCACUUUCUUGGCUUUGAAUAAAAGACAAUUCCCGAAAUUAUUCACCUAUAGAAAUUAUGARGAUUUCGCUGAAGAUAGAAUUUAUCGGCACUUAGAGCCAGGUAUGGCUUUCCAAUUGGAACUGAAUAGAAUGAGAACUUAUGAAUUAGAAGCCUUACCUACAUCAAACAGAAAAAUGUAUCUGUAUUUAGGAAAAGCUAAAGUUCCAAGAGGUCAAGUUGUAACUGAUUAUCGUUUCUUUAUACGUUCCAUUAUAAGACAUCAAGAUUUAAUAACAAAAGAAGCAUCUUUUGAAUACCUUCAAAAUGAAGGAGAACGUGUUUUGUUGGAAGCUAUGGAUGAAUUAGAGGUUGCUUUUAGCCACCCACAUGCACGUAGAACUGACUGUAAUCAUAUAUUUUUGAAUUUUGUCCCUACUGUUAUAAUGGAUCCUGCCAAAAUCAAAGAGAGUGUGACUAAUAUGGUAAUGCGAUAUGGUCCCCGUCUUUGGAAAUUGCGGGUUCUUCAAGCUGAACUUAGAAUGACCAUUCGGCCGUCACCCACUAGUAAAACUUCAAAUGUUCGAUUAAGUCUUGCAAAUGGCAGUGGUUAUCAUUUGGAUAUUUGYCUAUACAAAGAAAUUACUGACUCUAAAUUAGGAAUGAUUAAAUUUGAAUCGUAUGAAUCAAAGCAAGGRCCAUUACAUGGACUACCAGURUCUACUCCAUAUGUAACCAAAGACUUUCUACAACAAAAAAGAUUCCAAGCUCAAAGUGCUGGAACAACAUACGUUUAUGAUAUACCAGAUAUGUUUAGACAAAUGAUUGAAAGUUUAUGGCAGGAAUACAUUUUGGAACAUCCAAAUGAUGGAGUUUUGAAAAACAACUUAGUGUUUGAUUAUGUUGAACUUGUUGUUGAAGACAAUCAUUUAAUUGAACAAAAACGCUUCUCUGGUGAAAAUACUGCUGGUAUGGUUGCUUGGAGAUUUACAAUGCAUACUCCAGAGUAUCCUUCAGGCCGAGAUAUAAUUGUGAUUGCUAAUGAUCUAACAGUAAACAUUGGUUCAUUUGGYCCACAAGAAGAUAUUGUCUUCGAUUUAGCUUCUAAAGAAGCACGAAGAAGAAAAAUUCCACGCAUUUAUAUAUCAGCUAAUAGUGGAGCUCGUAUUGGUCUUGCAGAAGAAAUAAAAAGUUUGUUCAAUGUAGCCUGGGAAGAUCCGUCUGACCCAGAAAAAGGAUUCAAAUACUUAUACUUAACACCUGAUGACUAUGGAAAAUUAGCGGGUCAAAAUUCUGUAGAAGCAGAAUUAAUUGAAGAUGAAGGUGAACCGCGGUACAAACUAACUGAUAUUAUUGGAAAAGAUUUUGGUUAUGGUGUUGAAAAUUUAAAAUUUGCUGGGAUGAUAGCUGGUGAAACUUCUCGUGCAUAUCAAGAUAUUGUUACAAUUUCAAUGGUAACUUGUCGUGCAAUCGGUAUUGGGGCUUAUCUAGUACGACUUGGUCAACGAGUUAUUCAAAUUGAGAACUCUCACAUUAUUCUCACGGGAUAUAGUGCUUUGAAUAAGCUUCUUGGUCGUGAAGUGUAUGCAUCUAACAACCAGUUAGGUGGUAUUCAAAUCAUGUACAACAAUGGUGUGUCACACAAGACUGAGGCUAGAGACUUGGAUGGCGUGUACAGAAUACUUAAGUGGCUUUCAUAUAUUCCAAAAACUAAAGAAUCUCCAUUGCCUGUGAUUAAAAGUGUGGAUUCUGUAGAAAGAGAUAUAGACUAUGUGCCUACUAAAGUCCCRUAUGAUCCUCGUUGGAUGAUUGCUGGGAAAGAAGAUACGAAUGGCCAUUGGGAGUCAGGAUUUUUUGAUAAAGGGUCAUGGGAUGAAAUAAUGCAACCCUGGGCACAGACUGUUGUUUGUGGAAGAGCUAGACUGGGAGGAAUCCCAGUCGGUGUAAUUGCUGUUGAAACAAGAACAGUAGAAGUCACUUUACCGGCAGACCCUGCUAAUUUGGACUCUGAAUCUAAGACUGUGUCUCAAGCUGGACAAGUAUGGUUCCCAGACUCAGCGUAUAAAACAUCUCAAGCCAUUAAAGAUUUUGCUCAUGAAGACUUACCACUUUUCAUCUUUGCUAACUGGAGAGGUUUUUCUGGUGGAAUGAAAGACAUGUAUGAACAAAUAAUGAAAUUUGGUGCAUACAUUGUUGAUGAACUAAGACAAUACAACCAGCCGAUUAUCACUUAUAUCCCACCAUUUGGUGAGUUACGAGGAGGUGCAUGGGCUGUUGUAGAUACUACUAUUAAUCCAAGACACAUUGAGAUGUAUGCAGAUCCAGAUAGCCGAGGUGGUGUUUUGGAACCUGAAGGAAUUGUUGAAAUUAAAUUCCGUGAAAAAGACAUCUUAAAAUCUAUCAAUAGAAUUGAUACAAAUAUUUUGAGUCUUAAAGCAAAUGGUAGCCCAACUCCUGAAGAAGCAGCCGAAAUAGAAAAGAAUGUUGCAGAAAGAGUGUCUGUGUUGAAACCUAUUUACCAUCAAGUAGCAAUUCACUUUGCUGACUUACAUGACACWCCUAAAUGCAUGCUUAGUAAAGGUGUUAUUAAAGAUAUUGUGCAAUGGAAGAAAUCUCGUAAUACAUUAUAUUGGAGAUUAAAACGACGUUUAUUACAAAACCAAAUCCAAAAAGUAAUAACAAAAUCCAAUGAUGCCAUUCAAGAUGAUGUUGCCUAUGAAAUGCUGAGAAGGUGGUUCGUUGAAGACAAAGGCACAACUGCUUCUUAUCUGUGGGAUAACAACCAAGCUGUUGUACAAUGGCUGACGAGUCAAUUAGAUGAAACUGAUGGCACUGUUUUAGCUGAUUCGUUGAUUGGUAAUAACAUUAAGAGUGUUAGAAAAGAUGCGGUUAUAAAUCAAGUCAAAUCUACAAUAAAUGACACGCCUGAAGUUACAUCAGAUGUAAUCAUGGGUAUGUUCCAAAGCCUUUCGGAAAUGCAACGUCUCGACUUGAUUCAUAAUUUAACCCAGGCAACAACCAUUGGAAAUGUGAAAUUAAAUAGUUGAUUACCUUCUACUAUAAUCAGUUAUUGUUGUUUAUUAUAAAACAAAAAUAUAAAUAAAUGUACGCUUAUCCUCACAUACACACGUUUAUAUGUAUACAAUACUGCAUUAUACUAUGCAUAAUAAAUAUGUGUGUGUUUGUUUGUGUUACUUUAUAAUWAAUAUUUUAGUUAUUUCUGUACUGUACAAKUGAAGAAAAACAAAAUUUAUUCUGUUAAUUGUCAGAUUUCAUACAAUUGCUUAUAAUUUUAAUUUUAUUAUGAACAAAUAAUUACUGUCAAUGGUUAUAUUA